UAGAUAAUGUGGACAUGGAUGAUCACUAUUUUGAGGAAGAAUCAUCACAACAUUUUGAGGAGGAUUCCAAUGUUGUAGAGCAACCACCUACAAAUCCAUCAAAUCGUAUAAAAGUUUGGCUUAUUGGCGAAGAGUUUGGUGACCCAAAGUUUGGCCGCAAGGCCAUAUCUAUUUUGAGGAGCAUGUACAAUGGGCCGUGGGCUACAUGGGCUUAUGUUGAAAAGAUUGGCGGCGGUUCAAGAAUUAUUAUUAUUGGCAGCGCGGCAUCCAUGAACAAGUUCGUCAUGCAUGGAAUACACACAUGCAACUUCGAUUUUAUAGUGUCACACAAGGAGCCAGGGCGUAUGCAAUGAAAAAGGCAUUUGAGGAUGAUCGUGUCGUGUUAGAGGAUGAUUUAUCUGUUCUUAUUACCUAUAAGCCUACUUGGAUCAAACACGAUCAUUGGGUCACCCUCAUUCAAGAAAAAUGGAACACCACAAAGUGGGAAAAAAAAAAGUCAGCAACUAAUUUCAAAAAUAAAACAACUUUAGUAGAUGGACACAUGGCAAAACAUUCUUGCGGCUCUGCAACCAUUGGUGAGACUAAACAUCGGUUGCUACUUAUAAAGGAAGAGAAGCUCAAGCGCAAGAUAACUUUCGUUGAGUUGUUAACAUAUUGUCAUUCAAAGAAAGGGACCAGACUUACCGAGAGGGAUCCAUUAGACAAUAAACCACCUGUGUUUGUUGACCCGAGGGCCCAAAGUUUGUUGAAUGAUUAUGCCACAAGUUAUGCUGAGAAAAAUGGGAUUGAAGAUGUGGCUGAAAUGAUGACUGAUGAUGUAGAGCUUUGGAAGGAGUGUUCGGGGAAAGCUAGAAAAGGGUUGUAUGGUGGUGGUAUACGACAAGAUCCCAAUUUUGUGGUGACGGGUGUAAGAAGUACCCACAGUAGUAUCGGUGUAUCAAAAUCAAGUAAUAAUGAGCAGGUUCGUACUUUGAUGCAAACGGUUGAGCAACAACAAAAAGAAUUGGAAGAACAACGAGAACUUGCGGAGAAAGCAACGGUAGAGGUUGAAGAGCAAAAGGAGUUGACAAAACAACAACUAAAGGGAAUGGAGGAUAAGUUUAACGACUUUACCGCAAAGAUUCUUAAAAAUUAUCCACCUCCUAGCUAGUAUCUAGUAUUAGUAUUGGUAACAUUAAACGUUGUUAUGUCUUUUGCUACUACCUAGUAUUUACUAUUUAGUAUUAGAAAUGAUAACGUUAUAAGUCUUUUGCUACUAGCUAGUAUCUAGUACGAAAAACCUUAAACAUUGCCUUUUAGAAUAUGUAGUAGUAUUUGAUCCUUUUAAUGGUUUUAUGCAAUUUCAUGUAUUUUACUUGGUUACAAUUGUGUAUUCA